CCAUGUCCACGAUGCACUGCACCUUCAAGGCCCUUGAUAGGGAUGGAUGCCUCUGGAAACAACCUGGCGCACAUGAACGAUUUUGAGUUGCACGAUUUUGUCGACGAGUCCAACUUCAUUCACUGCAUCAAUUUGAUUCGUGGAGAAGGUGAAGAUCCGGUUGUUAAUUAUGGUACUGAUGAUCUUGUUAAUGGAUGUUUUGUUGACGCUCAAUUCGAUCCGAUUCCGAUUCCGAUUCCGGAAGAUAUUUACAGCUUCAAUGCUACAACAAUGGUAUCCGACCCCAAUUCUGUGUUUAAUUCGUUACCAAGUUUUGGUGGGGAAGAAGAAGAUAUUGAUGGGGAGGACUCCUCCGCAACCACCACCACCACCACCACAACGAAUACAACCCCGACAAAGAAGGAAAAGGUUGAUAGGUCGAGGACUUUGAUCUCUGAGCGGAGGAGACGGGGAAGGAUGAAGGAGAAGCUUUAUGCAUUGCGUUCCUUGGUUCCUAACAUAACAAAAAUGGACAAGGCCUCCAUUGUUGGAGAUGCUUUACUCUAUGUGCAAGAGCUGCAAACGAAGGCUAAGAAGCUAAAAGCCGAGAUUGCUGGUCUUGAAGCAUCCUUAUUGGGAUCGGAAAGAUAUCAUCAAGCAGCCGGCGGAUCAACUGAUGAUCAAAGCCCUAAGAAGAUUCAACUGCUUCAAAACGAACAAUAUUCGAUUUGCAAGAACGUGAUUCAGAUGGACGUGUUUCAAGUGGAGGAAAGAGGGUUUUACGUGAGAUUGGUGUGUGAGAAGGGAGUCGGGGUGGCUUUGUCACUCUACAAGGCGCUCGAAUCUCUCACCGGCUUCAUUGUUCAGAGCUCCAAUUUGGCCACAGUUUCUGAGAGAUUUGUGCUCACAUUCACAUUAAAUGUGAGAGAUUGUGAGCGGGAAAUGAACUUACCAAAUUUGAAGCUUUGGGUUGCUGGGGCACUCUUGAACCAAGGAUUUGAAUUUACAACGCCUUUAUCUGCCUAAUCUCUCUCUCUCUCUCUCUCUCUCUCUCUCUCUCUCCCCGUCAUUUUCUGCUGAGACCGGGGUCGUGUUUGGAUUACUACAGUUUUUACUACAAAUAUAAGCCGAUCAUAAUUAGUGAAGCAAAAA